GGAAAGUGGAUGCCUGGAGUCAUGUGUAAAGAGGCCUGGGAGGUUCUCCCUCCCCCAGCACCACCCUCUUCAGGGCCAAGAGAGGCAGUAGCACCACUCAGCCUGUGUGGGGUUGCAGGCUGACAUGGGGACCAAGGAGCAGUGACAGGCAGCAGAAGUAGCCGAGGACAAGGUGCCCUAAAGGCAGGAGGCAAUGCAGUGAGCCUGCUGGUCUUGUGGUGGGUGCUGGGCCAACAAGCGUGAGUAUGACUGUGUCACUGUGACUGCUGAAGGCAGGGACACAGCAGCUCCCCAGCUGGGGGUGGAAGGUGUUAACUGGGAGAAUGCUGGUGUGGGUGGGUGGCCUCUGGGCCUGGAACCGGGGGACAUAGGGAGGUAGUAAACACCCUGGUGAUGGUGGCAUCUUGGUGGCAGCCUUGUGAGGAUGCUUGCUGCAGGGCUGUGGGGGUUUGUGUGACUUUGCAGUUCAACAAAUUCAAAUCCAGCCCAUGCUGGCAUGGCAGCGCCUUCUGUGUGCCAGGCAACAAGCAAGGAGAGGCAGACCCAGCUUGUAGCUGAAGGGUUCCCACUGUGGGUUUAAGAAUUUUAACCUUGGGGCUGGUGUGCGGCGGGAUGCUUUCUGGUCAUUCUGACAUUUAAACCACCCAAUACCCUGUCCCCACUUAAAGAAAUGUAUGGUGAAGCACAGAAGAAAGUGACUUGCCCAAGGUGACCCAGCUACUCAAUUAGACAGGACCUGAAUCUAAGCUGCCAGGUUGCAGAGCCCCAGUCCUUCACCAUCAUGCCUUUGCCAGGCUGCAGAUGUCUGGUUCUGGGGUUCAGGGGCUACACUCCUGGUCUUGGUCCUGACCCUGCAGACAUGCCCCUAAACACAGGUCACUGUGCCAAGGGGUGGGGCCAUGGUUCGCCUCCAGUACUUGCCAAGGGGCUAGAUUUACUACCAGAGGGGCUGCCUGGCUCUCAGAGACCCCUUAAGCUGCAGUUCUCGCCUUAGGCCCUCCCUUGGCUCCUGCCCCCCUCCCGGCGCUGACUCGGGGCCAGGGGAGGAAAGGCUGUCUCCACCCACCUCUUGCACUCUCCCUUCUCCUUUAUAAAGGCCGGAACAGCUGAAGGGUGGCAACUUCUCCUGCAGCCGGGAGCAGCCUGCCUGCCUCCCCCGCUGCCUCCCUGAGGGCUCCCCUCCGGCCGCCAGCGCCCAUCUUUUUUUCUCCAGGGAUAUUUUGCGCACACACACAUACACACACGCGCAAAAGGGGAAAGAGGGGGGAAAAGCCCACCCCCCAGCCUCGUUGUAACGAGUAAGCCGGAGCAGCCGCAGCUAGAAACCCGCAGAGGACGCCCUGAGCAGCGAGCUGGUGGGCGGAUCGACCGACUGACCCGCGCCGCGUCCACCUGUCGGCCCGGGUCGGCCCAGCGCACAGUGGGCGCGCCGCGCGCUCGGAGCAGCCGUGCCCGCCGCUUGGGCCCCGAGCCAGGGCGCACACGCUCCCGCCCCGCCACCCGGCCCGGGCGGGAGUUUGCACCUCUCCCUGCCCGGGUGCUUGGGCCGCCGCUGCAAAGCCAACUUUGGAAAAAAGUUUUUUGGGGGAGACCUGGGCUUGGAGGUGCUCAGCCCUGCGCUUUCUGAUCUGGGAAGCCUUUCCAAAAAAUGUUGCAAAAAAGCUAAGCCAGCGGGCAGAGGAACACGCCUUUAGCAGGCGAGUGAAGACGAACCAUCGACUGUCGUGUUUCUUUUCCUCUCGGAGGUUGGAGUCCCCUGCGCGCCCCCACACGGCUAGACGCCUUGGCUGGUUCGCGACGCAGCCCCCCGGCCGUGGAUGCUCGCGUGGGCUCGGGAUCCGCCCAGGUAGCGGCCUCGGACCCUGGUCCCGUGUCCAGGUCCUCCCCAGCCCCCCAGCGACGGAGCCGGGGCCGGGGGCGGCGGCGCCCGGGGGCCAUGCGGGUGAGCCACGGCGGCGGCUGCAGCGGCCUGAGAGCCUGAUCGCGGCGGACCCGAGCGGAGCCCACCCUACUCCCCAGCCCCCAACCCUGGCCGCGGGGGCGGCGCGCUCCGUCUACGCGUCCGGGGCCCCGCGGGGCCGGGCCCGGAGUCGGCAUGAAUCGCUGCUGGGCGCUCUUCCUGCCUCUCUGCUGCUACCUGCGUCUGGUCAGCGCCGAGGGGGACCCCAUUCCAGAGGAACUCUAUGAAAUGCUGAGUGACCGCUCUAUCCGCUCCUUUGAUGACCUCCAGCGCCUGCUGCAUGGAGACUCCGUAGAUGAAAAUGGGGCCGAGCUGGACCUGAACAUGACCCGAGCCCACUCUGGAGGCGAGCCAGAAAGCUCAUCUCGAGGGAGGAGGAGCCUAGGUUCCCUGGCAGCCGCAGAGCCCGCUGUAAUUGCCGAGUGCAAGACGCGCACAGAGGUGUUCCAGAUCUCGCGGAACCUCAUCGAUCGCACCAACGCCAAUUUCCUGGUGUGGCCGCCCUGCGUGGAGGUGCAGCGCUGCUCUGGAUGCUGCAACAACCGCAACGUGCAGUGCAGGGCCUCGCAAGUGCAGAUGAGGCCAGUGCAGGUGAGAAAGAUUGAGAUUGUACGGAAGAAGCCAAUCUUCAAGAAGGCCACAGUGACCCUGGAGGACCACCUGGCCUGCAAGUGUGAGACAAUAGUGACCCCUCGGCCUGUGACUCGGAGCCCUGGGACAUCCCGGGAGCAGCAGCGAGCAAAGACGCCUCAAACUCGGGUGACUGUUCGGACGGUGCGAGUCCGCCGGCCCCUCAAAGGGAAGCAUCGAAAAUUUAAGCACACACAUGACAAGGAGGCGCUGAAGGAGACCCUCGGGGCUUAGGAGCAUCGGCAAGCGUGUGGGCAGGGUUAUUUAAUAUGGUAUUUGCUGUAUCGCCCCCAUGGGGUCCUUGGAGUGAUAAUGUUGUUCCCCUCGUCCGUCUGUCUCGAUGCCUGAUUCGGACGGCCAAUGGUGCUUCCCUCAUCCCGCGUGCCCGGCCACCUCCACCAGCAACAGUCCUUCGGCCCGUCCUGCGACUCCAGAAGCAAACAAAGGACUCCAUUCCAUGCUGCUUCUUCCCUUGACCCCAAGAAUGUGGGACAAGUGUGCAGGAGCCUCACGGGGGACUGUGGACUGGCCCCAGGAGCCUGGGAUUUGGUCUGAGAGCCUCUGCAUGUCCUGCCUGGUUCCUGGACCCCUGGCCAGCCAGCAGGGAGCACUUUCAGGCAGGCUAGGGUCCCUUGUAGUCCUGUGGCCAGGACCACAUGGGGAGCACAGACUAGAGGAAAUCUCUCAGCAUCCGGAUCUGCCACUCAUCCCUCCCUGUCCCCUCAGCCCAUAGUGGCUUUUUAUUUUAUAAGUAUGAAAUCAAGGAAGAUAAUGAACUCCUCUGGGCAGGUGGCCACAUGCCUUCUCUGAUGGAUUGGAGAUGCAGUGUGCUUGUGACCUGGGCCACAUCCUCUGCCUCUUUCCACCUACCUUGCAUCUCUCUUGUUUCAUUUCUCUACCUCCGCUCUGUGUCUUCUUCCUCGUGUACCCUUCAGUCGGCUCCACCGGAGGUGCUUAGGUCCUCAUUGAGGCUCUGAACGACCCUACCAUUCUCCCUUAGGGCAGGAGACCUGUCUGUCUUAUUCCCCUCCAGCCAAGACAACCACGUAAGGUUGUGUGGGAUGUGUAUUGUACAUGGGCACUGCAUGUGGAGAGUUCUGUUCACACCCUAAAUAUGGCCGAUUUGUCUACUAUGACCUUCUGGCAGAUGUAGGUCAAGCCUCUGAGGAAAGGAGGCUGUGUUUUAAUUCACACUGACGCCCUGGGCGGACUGGCUGUGUGUGCGCUGACCCAGCCUGAAGCUUGGAAUGAGCCUCAGGUGCUGGAGGAGCCACACAGUCCUCGUUUAUUGUUCCCUUCCUGGCAGGUGCGGGAUGCUAGGAGCUCCCCAAGGGAGGGGCCGCCCUGGCUGCCCACUUCCCUGAGUGCACAUUGCCCCUCAGAUCUUUUGUGGUUUUACCUGAUGGCUUCUUCCAGGAAGCUAGCUGGUACACUGGAAGCGGGAGAGAGAGGGAGAGCCAUAGCGCCCUCAGGAGGACUGGGGUAGACGCACCCACUUCCCCUCUCCCACUUCCCCCUGCACUUUUCCCUCCCCCUCCCAGGUCCGCUUCCUUCAGUUUGUAAAGUUGGUGAUUAUAUUUUUGGGGGCUUUCUUUUUAUUUUUUAAAUGUAAAGUUUAUUUAUAUUCCAUAUUUAAAGUUGUAAAAAAAAAAAGCCACGAAACCAA